CCUCGGUUGGAGUUGAGCGAAGCGCCGUGCGAGAAGGGGAUUGUGUCCGCGCCGUUCGGACUUUACCACGAACGAGAAAGAACACCUCUUCGGACCCCCUUGUUGCUUGCUGCCCAUUUCGCACUUGAUAACACGAGAUAGAUUAUGCUCCGCCAAUCACCACCUCCCCACAGCAUCUCCCCGGCACCCCCACCGCCCCUCUCCCCCGCCCUAGCACCCCGCAUCAAGCUGGAAUUCGACCGGGAUGGAUUCUGCGUGAUCCCCAACGCGAUCACAGAGGAUGAUGUGGAUCUGCUGAGACGCGAAGCCGACGCGUUGUUCAAUGCAGCAGACGUGGAUGUCGUUGCUGAAUUGGGGUGUAUUGUGCGUCACAUGGUCUUCGUGGGCUGGCAUGAUUGCGCGCGAGGAACCUCACACAUGCGGUACGAUUUCCGGCACAGAUCGAGCCGGUCCCGGAUGCGCACCGCGGAAGCCGGAGUUUUUGAGAGGAUGGUGUGUGGGACCCUCGCGGGGUAUGCCCGGGCUGUCCUCCUCCCGUCACCGAAACCCGGACCCCGCUUGGAAACAAUCAUGCUCUAUAACGAGCAGUAUAUUGUCAAGCCGCCGUUCCAGGGGGCACGCACGGCGUUUGGGUGGCAUCGGGAUGGGGAGUAUGUUCGGGACGAGCAGCGAGGGGGCAGCGUGGCGUGCUGGGUCGCGCUCGAUGAUGUCGACGAGACGAAUGGAACACUGCACAUCCAGCCCUUCACGGCCCCCCACUGCACCCACCAACCACCGAUCGUGACCAUCCGCGCCCAGGCUGGGACAAUGGUCAUACUCGCCUCGCACGUCAUGCACUGCAGCACGCCGAAUCUGUCGCGCCGGUUUCGGAUGUGUUUUAUGCCGCAGUUCUUCGUGCGUGGUGGGGGGGAGGGGGAGGAGAGGCAGGGGGAUGCGGAGGGGAGGGAGGGGGUGGGGUUGGCGAUUCCCUGUUGA